AUGACAACGUCCAGGAAACUAACCAGUUUACUCGUUCUCUUUACAUUCUUCUCCUGUUCUUUCUCAUACACAUUCACCAUCAUCAACAGCUGUCCACAUACUAUAUGGCCUGGUACACUUGCAGGUUCAGGGAGUACUCCACUUGCAACAACAGGAUUCCGGUUGGAGAUGGGUCAAAGCAUCAAACUUACGACUGUCUCAGGUUGGUCAGGACGGAUAUGGGCAAGGACUGGUUGUAAAUUUGAUGCAACAGGAGUUGGCAAAUGCCAAACAGGUGACUGUGGAGGAAGGCUGCAAUGUGAGGGAAACGGUGCUGCUCCUCCUACCUCACUGUUUGAGAUAACACUUGGUGCAGGCAACGGACAAGACUACUAUGAUGUAAGUAUGGUAGAUGGCUACAAUUUGCCAUUGCUAGCUCUACCACGAGGUGUAUAUGGUGGUGCAUGUAAUGCCACAGGUUGUAUUACUGAUAUUAACAGAGGUUGCCCAACAGAACUUCAAGUAUUAGGUGACCAAAACCAACGGGUGGUCGGGUGUAGGAGUGCUUGUGAGGCAUUCAAGUUGGAUAAGUAUUGCUGCAGUGGAGAAUUUGCAAAUCCAAAUACAUGCCAGCCUUCAUAUUAUUCAACCCUAUUCAAGAAGGCUUGCCCAAGAGCAUAUAGCUAUGCAUUUGACGAUGGCACCAGCACUUUCACUUGCAAAGCAUAUGAGUAUGAUAUUGUUUUCUGUCCCAAUAGCAACGGGACGAGAAGACCAAAUGUUGCAUCUCCUCCUCCACCAAUUAGACAGCCCUAUUGGAAGCAUCAGCAGGUCACUUCCUCAUCAAAUAUUUCAUUACCCUUUCCAGCGCCAAUAUUUCUCUUGGUUCUCACUCUUACUUUGUUGGCAUUUGCAAGACACGGCUAG